AUGGUGGAGCACAGCGGAACCGAUGUGAAGUUUGUUAACAAGUACUGUCCCAGCUCGUCCUCUUCUUCUUCAGCCUCGUCUUCCUCCUCAUCCUCCGCUUCCUCGGCGCGUGAGAUGAAGAUUUUGGCCACACUGCGCGGCAGCCUCAGCCGGAAAUACCCGCAAAAGAACGGCGAGGUGCUGAGCGCGCAAUACGGCAUCAACCUGCUGCUCGUGGGACUCGCGCUCAUGCUUGCGCUCGCGUACCAAGGACCCACCGUGACCGAGGAGACGGUGCUGGCUUUCCUCUCCACGCUCAUGCUCAUGCAGCUGCUGUGGAUGAUCUGCUACGUGGCGCGCCUGGAGCGCAAGCGCAAUGUGCCUCCUGAGAGAGACGCGGACGCGGCCACCAGCUGGAUUCGAGGUGGUCUGACUCUGCUCGCUCUUCUAUCACUCAUCACAGAUGCUUUUCGUGUUGGGAACUUUGUCGGUUACCAGGAGUGUGUGUCUCCUGUGCUUGGUGUCUAUCCGGUCGUACAUGCACUUCACACGGUGUCACAGGUUCAUUUUCUCUGGUUUCACGUUAAAGAUGUCGUCAAGCGUUACGAGACGUUUGAGAGGUUUGGUGUGAUUCAUGCUGUGUUCACUAACCUGCUGAUUUGGAGUAACGGAGUGAUGACUGAAGCCGAACACGCUCUCAAUGACCAUAAGAGACGAUUAUCAGCAAUCGGAAACUUCAACUUUACUUUCUGGGAGGAUCAGCCUUCCUGUAACUGUACAACCAGUGCGUGUUCGAUGUUCAGCAGCAGUCUGUAUUAUCUCUGUCCUUUCAACAUUGAGUACCACAUCUUCGUCUCGGUGCUGCUCUUCGUCAUGUGGAAAAACGUUGGCCGCACCCUUGACCAACGCUCCAAUCAAAAACCUGCGUCAUCGCUGCCGUUGCUCACAGGUUCAGGGGACAGACCUUUCCUGCUGCUCGGCCCGGCCUUCGGGCUCUUGGCGCUUGCCAGUGCCAUCACGGUGCUCGUCAUCUACAUUAUCCAUGUGGAAGAGUCAUUGGAGGCACGCCAUGCAGCCAUCUCAAUGUUCUACUGGUUCGGAAUCAUAAUUUUGGCAUGCAUGAGCAUUGCUGGUGCUGUUGGGUUGGUCAUCUAUCGCCUCGAGGAUUGGCCCAUGGACACGGCGCCAAAUCCGGCCAGGACACUCGAUUCAAAGCUGCUACUUGGUUCUUCCAUAGGCUCCUGGCUUGUCUGCUGGUGCAGUGUCAUCGCCGUUGGCGGGGCAACAAAUUCCCCCAUCUACCGAUGGGCCAAUUUAGGAUACGCCAUACUCUUAGUGCUGGAGAAGUGCGUGCAAAAUCUGUUUGUCAUCGAGUCGCUGUACAGGAGACGGCGUGAGCCUGAAGGACAUGGGCCUGGCCUUCGUGCCACACAUAACUCCAUCCUCAGCCCCAGCCAAGGAAAUGAGAAAAUCUUUGCUGUGUAUGACGGCAUCAUUAACCAUGCAUACGAGUCACCAGAUAAAAACUGUGAGAACGAAAAACAUACCUACGGCAGGAACAAAGAGAACAUGACACAUUCUCACAGACCCGGGAUGCCAGAGACUCCUAACAGACAGAGGCAGGUCCUGAAGAACAUCGCCAUCUUCCUGUUUAUGUGCAACAUCUCACUUUGGAUCCUACCUGCAUUUGGGUGCCGGCCACAGUUCGAUAACGGUUUAGAGGAAGCAUCGUUUGGAUUCCCCAUCUGGAGCACGGUGCUGAAUUUCGCCCUUCCUAUGAGCCUCUUCUACCGCAUGCACUCUGUUGCCGUUCUCUUUGAGGUUUUCCGGAAAAUUUAG